AUGGAGAAUAAAUCUAGCUCGGAUAGUAGCAUUUCUUUGGAUAGCUUAGAAGUUGGAAACGGAAAAAAAUCGACCUUAAAAGCAAAGACCACUAAAGAAAAUGUUCAAACAAUACUUGUACCUUUCUAUGAAAAAGAUGUUCUUAUAAAAAUUCCCAAAUUAAAGAAAAAAAUUAAACAAAACGUGGAAAAACGCAAUAAGAAUGAAGAUAAAUUGCAAGAAUCUAGAAGUUACUUGGUGAAUAAAGACGCGCAAAGGAGUAAAAAGGCAUCUUAUUUGGAAAUGUUUAGGAAACAGUUUUCUACUAAUCAUACUGAAGUACAUAAUAAUAUAGAUCAUACAGAAAUACGCUCUAUAUCACCUCAAGUUGGCGAUACUCCCAACGAAAGUAUAGGAGGUGAAUCUACAAAUGCAAUAAACGAUUUUUAUAACACUGAAGCUUAUAAUGAAAUUUAUUAUGAAAAAGUUUUGAAUGGUGAGCUUGAACGAUAUCUUAAUGAAUCUUUUGAGCAAGCUUUGAAUUUUGACGAAGAUAUAAUGAAAUUAGAAGACACAUUUAAUAACUUGAGAAGCGUGUCUGAAGUUUCGCAACCAAGGCGUCAUGUACGAAGAUUAAUAGAGCCACAAAUACAUAAUGUACGCUUGGGUGGAUUAGGUCCAGAUAUGGAAAACAUAAAACCUAGACUGGAAAGGGCAAGAAGUCUUCAGAGAUACUCUGAAAAAGUUAGAAUGGAAAAUAGAGUCAAAAUUUAUAAAAAAGGCCUUGAAGCUAAAAACGAGACAAAAGUCGAAGCUAUUGAUACACGUAAAAAUUCAAGUAAUAAAAAAUCAAAACAAUAUAACGACACCCAAAAUUCUUAUUUAGUUAACAAAACUUUACAAGAUAAUUCAUCUAUUAUUAAAAAGGUUUAUCAUACAAAAUCUAAAUCAGCCGACUUGUUUAAAAAACGAGAUAAAGAAAAGGAGGCUAAACUCAAAGAUGUUUGUAAUAACGAAAGUCAAAAGGAAGGCGAUCCCAAACGAAUUAAAAAUCAUAUGAAAAUACUAUCAGCUAAAGAUCGAGCUCUAAGGGAUAAUAUUGAUGGUCGACAUUUAAGAGCGAAAUCUAGUGCAAAGACUAGAGAAAUUCAUAUGGAAACCAAACAAAACGUUCCUCCUGUGCAAAUUAAUUUCUUAGUUAAUGUUGGUGAAGUUAGACCUUCAAGCACUUUAAAAUCAUUAGAAGAGAAACAUCGUUUAUAUCAAGAAAAAGUCAAAUCAUUCACAAAUACGAAAAACACU